UGUUCGCUUUUUCCUAAUAAUUUAGUCUCCUAAUUUUUACUGUAUAUUGCGAUAUAUUGUUUAUUCAAUCUUAUCGUUGAAGCAGUAACCGAAUUUAACCUUGUUAAAUAGCUUAGUAUUUCGCUUUUCGCUAACUCGCUCGCCCGAUAGCCGAUUACUGCCGCUCCCGCAUCGAUUCCGCUGAAUCACAAAUAAUUUUUAGCAAAUCUAGCAAGCAUUCAAACAUGUAUAGAAUACUCGUUUUAGCUCUUCUUUCUAUAUAAGCACAAAUAUGUUUUUUUCACCUUUUUGCUUAAAUACUUCUCAUGAUUAUCCGCAUUUCCGUUGCGUCUGCAGGUGCAAUCGUAAUUUGAAAAAUUAUCUUUCAAUGUGAUAUAUAGAUUGCUAACGAAACACAAAAUGAAGAAGGCAAGCAACGGCUGCAUGGGACGAAUUAUUGCGCCAUGAUAGCGCAUUGGUUAACAUGUGUGCAUGCUAACCUUAGGGACACUUUUGGGUUCGAAUCCGAACGUAAACACUUUUAGAACUGGAAGUUACUUGCAUGAAGUAAUGUGUAACGGCUGAAGUAUCGGAUAUAUAUAGUAUAGAAUACGCAAUAUAGUAUAGAGGUAUAGAAUACGCAAAAAAAAUAUGGUAGUAUUGUUGUCGAUCCGGUCAUAAUCGGCUUCACAAUAGCAAUAGCGUUGUUGCGGCCGUUGUUGUUUGUUGAUGUUGCUCUAGGCACAGUUAUACUUGUUUUUUACGACCGCUAUGGAUUGUCACUGCUUUCGUUUUACAAACUAUUCUAGCUUAUAGUAUUAAUUAUAGGAAUAGUUGGUAUUGGCGUUACCACGAUCGUAAGACCGUUCAGGUGGUAGGCAGUUUCGCCUUUGAUUCGACUCCGAACAUUAGAGGAAGGAAGUUGACUGGGACGGUUGAUGUCAACUGCGGCGAGGAGUCCUGCUAGUUACGUCGUAGAUGUGAAGUGGCUGAUUUUUUUUGUUCGUUGGCGAAUUUGGUUGACAAGAGAAGAAGUAGACAAGCAACUUUCGAUAAGUUUUUUGUUAAAAAAAAAAAAGUUAUUUAUCUUAGCUCGUGUUAAGACAUUAUUAUCGAUAUGAUGGUAUUGCCAUUGUGGUCAUUUGCUGCAUUUGGCCGUCGCAGUCGCCUACUUGUUGUUUAUCGGGUCCUUUUUGACGUAAUGUCACUGUGCCAUCGUCACCUAUGCCGCGCUGACGUCAAUAGUAGAGAGAGAUGCAUCAAGCUUUCAGUUGCAGUAACGAUAAGUAAAAGAACGUACAACGACUGAGAAGUGUUCCAACUUGGAUUAGCGCACAUCAAGAAAGCGCAUCGGAAGAGAACGAAGCCGACGACCAUUGCCACGAAAGACUCGUGGGCGGCUAAAAAUCAUCCACUAGACGGUCGUAAUCGUGAACCGCAACGGCAGCUGUGGCGUCGACUGCUGCGACAGUGAGGACACCUGCGACAGCGAAAAUCAGCACACCGUCGGGUCCCGGCGUUAAAGUUAAUUGAUGGCAGCACCGACGAUGGAAGCGGCACCCGGAAUUUGGAUCCAGUGGGACGUCAUUCGGCGUCUCAGUCACUGAAGCCCUCGCACCGAGACUUCCCCUCGGCUGAGCGAUCUACCAUCGCAACAGCAGCAAGGAAAUCAACGAUGGCAAAAAUAAGAACAGAUCCCAAUAGAUGAACAUCAACAAUAUGCAUUACUAUUCUUGGCAUACCGAGGUCAUUCGGCAGCGUGCCUAGGUACACAAGGUGGGCUCUGCUAAUUCUGUGGUGUGUUUGUUUUCAUUUGUCGGUCUGCCGCUGUUAGCGCUGUUAAUUUAUCUAUCCAACAUUGCUACUACUACAAUAGCUCUAUGUGUAGGCACACGCUGGAGCAGUGCAAGGUAGGCGCUGUCGGCACCCGCUGGUCAUUGCGUUAGCCAACGAUGUAUAUUGUAGUGAUUAGGUCGAUAAAUGUUUGAUGCUCAUAAUGAUACUGCCGCAAAUAACAUUGAUAUAAGAUCAAAACAAUCCGCCACUCCAUCAGAGUCGCCACUCUUGGCAAUUGCUAUUGCCGUGGCUGUUUUCUGUUACGAUAACAAAGUAGAGGGUGCAAAAAGGGACAUUAAAAGUGAAAGAAAUAAGAAAUUCAACGAGCCAGCAAAACUUGCACGAACGUCGCUACCGGCUGAAGUUGGACCACGUUGUUGAAGACAGCGAAUACGAAUGCGACAACAGACAGACAACAAAGAGGAGUUAGCUCAUCCCGAGUGGCGCCGACAUCAACGUUAGCAGUAGAAACGCCAGUAGCUCGAGGGACAUCCGUCGCCCUAGGGGGUCCCUCGGACGAGUUUCGGUGAGAGAGGCAAGCGUAGCUGCAACAACAACAGCAGCAGGAGCAGGUGCCGAAUCACCGCUAUUUGUGUAGCAAAGCGAACCCCACGAACAAGCUUGCUUUGACCCUGUCUUCUGCUAGAAUAACUACGGCACUUGAAGAUCACAUUGCCGGGCCGCCGUUAAAGGUGACAGUUACCACGAUUACGACCACUGUACAUACAAGGAGCGAAAAUUGCCGCUAUCUUGUUUGCCAUGUUUUGUUCUUUCCUCUAUUCCUGCUUAUUCUGCUGUUAAAAACUUCUACUUUGAUCAAAGUGGUUCGUUUUCUUCUUGUCCAUUAUCAUCACAAGCGCCACUAUUAUCGCCGGCGCGGAAGCAGCAGCUGCUAAACAACUCAGUAUCUGGGAGAGUGAACGAUAACACUGCGAUGGAGCGAUAUCAGCAGCGCAAACUUAAUGCCUCUGGUCUGACUUCGGUCGUUCCUGCGUUGGUUUCUGCUGACGCUGCUACCGAAGUUCCUUUCGGCGUUGUUGCUGUUGACGAUGGUGAUGGUGCGCUGAUGCUACAGCCUCUUUCCUUGCGAUUGCUGCCAUUGCUGGCGUUUCAACCAGAGCGGCUGUGCGCUGCCAUUGCCAUUACCAGUUGGAUAUGCGGGCGCCCGUUGUUGUUAUUGCUGUGAUGAUGGUGGGGGCGGCCAAAAGCGACUUGCCUUUCACGUUUCCGACUUGAUGAUGGGGAAGGGCGGCGCGGGAGCGGCGCCGUUACAGCAGCUGCGAAUGCAGUGGCUGCCGCUACUGCUGUUGCUUCGACGACCGCGAUGAUGCCGGCGCCAGUGAAAACGCAGCAACCAAGACCUAACAGCAGGCAAGGAAGGAAGCAAGCCGUUGCGCGUUAUGCGCGGCUGGUAGCGACUGCAUCCAUAGCAUGGUUACAUUCCUUAGGCAAAAAUUGGCUUGAAUUUUCGUCUUUGAAGUUGUACCUCACUUGGAUCCAGUGGGGUUCGUUGCUCCACCCCACCUUACGGCCACCCCGGUAGUCGCUGUAGCCAUCGUUGCAGUUCACGCUCUGGUGCAUGAAAGCUCUAAUGCGCGCCAGGCUGUGCAAUAGAGCUGGUAGUGAUGCCGUUCGAGGGCGAGCUGUGGCAACAACCAAGGCAAGCGUUUAGUCACUUGGCUAACGUGUUGGCUGACUCCGCUGUAAUUUACCGACCGGCAGGCUGCCUUUUUGCCACCGAAACAGCGACUGAAGCUUAAAUCUUACUGCCAAAGUUUUUUUUUACUAACUUGGAAAACUGAACAACAAGCUUAUGCUACGUUUGUUAUCGGCCUGACGAGCAUCUCAGUAAAAUGGAUAAACUAUCGGGCGAGUGCGUUUGAGCUUAGAGGUACACAAGCGGGCGGGCGACGUCUUUGGAACGCGGACGGGACCUAUAUUGAAACGCCAUCCUGCCGCAAUUCUAAUGACCAAUGCAGCGAUACGAAACUGAUACGGAGGCUACUACAGCCACCUACAAUACUAUGCCGAGAUUUUCUAAUAUAUGGUGUUUCCCCGCUCUGCGCCUUAACUCGUACGGUAGUACAUGACCUACAAGACUUGUCCGUUGUACUUUUCCGGUCGAACUAGGUGCUGCUGUUCAGCUAGAAGAACUUCAGUGUUCGUAAACUUACAUGGUGUAGUUAUUAAAUGCCAUCGAAGUUGUCCCUCUCGGUCUAAAAACUAGCAACCAAAGCUGGUGAGUGAGCUGAGCCGCUGAUCGCGAAGAUCAGCACACUACGCGCUACUUAUAUGGCUGUUACAACUAAAGAGCUCUCCAAUGCUGCACGCCCGUCGAAUGAAGCGAUGAUCUGGUGAGGCAUAAACUGAGCAGCGGGGGAAAUGAGAAAAAUUGCCUAUAUAGCAUAGACGAAGUUGCCUGUAAAAUAGACGGACAAGUGGAAAAUUCAUCAUCAAAAUAUCACAGCCAUUUCAGUGACAAGCGGUAACAUAACAGGUGAAGGGUAGCUUAGACCAGCGUUAUAAAAUUCAAACGCCGCAGGUUUGAAGGAGUAGAAGCUCAUUCAAUAGGUACUGCUGUAAGUCUUUAUCUAGAUCUGGUGCACAAUUAAGUGGAACAAUUGUACGAUGACGAAAGUGAUUGCAAAUGAAACCGCAAAAAUAGUCUAGCGUUUAAAAGCGACGAAAGCCAAGCUGAAGGGUUCUGAAGAAAGUUUAGCGUCCAUCCCAACGGAGCGUAUUCUACGGUGAUAAGUGAUGGGUAAUCUUAGAUGCCCUGUAAAGGAUAUGACUGCGAGAUUAACGGAUUGCAAACAGUGUGAAGGUGGUUCUAGGAGUGCAUGAGCUACGUAUAAAGGCCAUAUGCACAUAUACGCGUGUGUCGUAUAGUACCUGCCCUGUAGAAGACCGUCAGUGAGAAAUUUUCCCCGUAUUCGUGAGUAAAAGCAAGUGCGCAGGUGAGUGAGAGUGAUUUAAGGAUGGCCGCCAGUGGACUGAACAGGAGUUUCGUUCGAGCUGCUGGAACACCAUGAAAGGAUAGCAUUGUGCGAACAGCAUGUACGGUCGAAAAAAACAAGGAUCUCGAGGUAUGGCCUACUUGCGAGGCUCGCCAAGUUACGUAUGGAGCACAGGGUGCAUUUUGGGACGCGGUGCCACGGCGACCGUGUAUCAGGGGGUCAACAAGAUGAGAGAGUUCGACGUGCUCAAAAAGGUCAACCAUGAAAAUAUCGUGAAAUUGAUUGCCAUAGAAGAGGACCUCGAAAGUGCGUCCAAGAUCCUGGUAAUGGAGCUUUGCACCGGCGGCUCAUUGUUUUCUAUUCUCGACGACCCUCUAAAUUCGUACGGACUCGAAGAAGAGGAAUUUCUACUUGUGCUUAAAGACCUCACAGCUGGCAUGAAACACCUCAGAGAUAACAGCGUCAUCCACCGUGAUCUGAAACCGGGUAACAUUAUGAAGUACGUAGCUGAAGACGGCCGUUCAAUCUACAAGUUAACCGAUUUCGGCGCCGCCCGGGAGCUUGAGGAAGAUCAACAAUUCAUGUCUCUCUAUGGUACAGAAGAAUAUUUGCAUCCAGCCAUGUACGAACGCGCUGUCCUUCGCAAACACGGAGAUCAGCGCUUCAGCUCAAAUGUCGAUCUCUGGAGUAUUGGGGUCACCCUUUAUCAUGUAGCCACAGGAAAUCUCCCGUUCCGUCCAUACGGUGGUCGGAGAAAUCGCGAAGUGAUGCACUAUAUCACUACGAAAAAGGAUUCAGGCGUAAUCUCCGGAGUACAAAGGGAUCACACGACUUCAUCCAUUGAAUGGUCUCGUGACCUUCCCAAAAGCUGUCUGCUAAGUACUGGCCUGCAGAAGCUUCUUGUCCCAAUUCUCGCGGGUUUGAUGGAGUGCGAUAGCGCUAAAAUGUGGUCGUUUGAUAAGUUUUUCAAUGAAACCACCAAAAUCCUUUCGGCCAAGCGUGUGCACGUAUUUUACGUGAACGAGUGUCGAGAGUUCGUACUCUAUCUUCAUAAUAAUAGUCUACAUAAGCCAGCAAAGCUGGCGUCGGAUAUCACCGAACACGUCUUCAAGCAAUCGGGCGUUCUAGGCAAAAACCAGCUGGUAUUUUUUGAAAAUUUACUUUUCGACCAAUACAUCGCUGGCGCUAGUAGUGGAAGUAGUUCAGGAGCGGCUAGCGUUCCGGAAACGAAUAUUUCCCAUCCCGUGUUCCUUUUCAAUCGAGAGCUUUGCGAUGUCAGUGUUUCGGCGUCGCUGUCAAGUCAAGAGCUGGAAAAUGGCUUCAAGUAUCCAGAUUUCAAUCAGGCGGUUGUCCUGGAUGAGGAUGCAGCCACGGCGAAAAUCUGGUGCAGUGUUAGUCACGCAAUUAAACGGCAAGUGGAGCGCUUGUCUCGGGCGCAUGCCCACCUCUCUGUGGCGCCCCUACAACUAGCGCAACACCUCGAAACAUUGAUAGGCCAGCUACGGCGGCACGUGCUUACUGCACAGCUUCACAGUUGUGCCCUGGAGCGUCAGCUGGCAUUGAUCUCAAGAAGUGAAAGGCAUAUUGCCGAUCUGAGACCGCUCGUGCCGACUCCGUGCGCUGAGCUUGACAAAAUUCAUGCGCUCAUACAACAAAGACAGCAGAAUGUCGUCGCUGUUUCAGAAAGUCUGAAACGGGCUGAUCAAGAGACGUCAGCAUUAGAAACAAAAGUAGUCGGCGGUCAGCCUUUGUAUCGAAUUUGGAAAGUCCGAAAAGCGGAAUGUGGAUCUGUUAUAGGCUAUGACGAAACGGCUGCAACCUAUGUCAAUAAGAUCCGCGAGAAUUGGCAAGCCCUAGCAAGAGACAAAAUGGCCAAGACACUGUCCUACCACGACGAGCAAUUCCACGUACUUGAAAAACACAAGAUGCAACAGACAAGUGUGAGGCUAAUGUCCCUCCUUCAGGACCGAAGCUUAACUACGACGACGCGUUUGGCCCAGGCUUUUCAUACCUGGUACCGAGAAGCCCUACCCUAUCUUCGACAAGCGACACAGCUCGGUCUAGUAGUGGAAUCGUUUGGGAACGCCUCCCAGUGGCACGCACAAGCUGCUAAGACCGAGGAUGAGUUUGAUCAGUUGGUAUCACAGUUCGUCAACGUGCUCAAGGCUCGUUUUCCUGACGAAGCUUUGUCUAAUGGCUCCCCCCCGAACGGCACAAUGAUCACCGCCGAUGGAUAUUGUAGCAGGUCACGCGUAUCGCGUACAUUGCUUAUCGAGCUUCAAGAAUUGAAACGACAACAGCACGAGAUACUGCAGAUUGUAGAAGACUCUCAAGAAAUUAUGUGCAGAGUUAUGAAUAUCCCGCCGAGUACAAGCAACGCUUCGGCUGAGAGCUAAACGGUUUAACCACCGAAAAUGACGUUCGAACCAGGUCCUCGUGGUUUGUUACGGCCGCUGGCUUAUUGAGAACCCCAACGCUCAAUACGAUUUGCCUGGCCAGUAUAUUGAACGACCAUGAAAAGGCGCCACCAUUUUCGAGUUUAUUUGAGAACCAAACACUUGCUUUGGGACUCUGCUCCGAACCUCGAAGAUUCUGGUACUAAUAUGGGCAGACAUUAUAAAGUCUGCCCAUAUUACUGCCAGAAUCUUAGAAGAAAAAGCGAGAAAAAUAGUUAAGGCGCACGCUUGUUUGUGAUUCAUAAUAGGUGUGGCAAAGAAACGUUACGUUAAGAACUUUUGAUGAAUAACUAAUGAUUUCUGUAACUACUUGUUGUACAUAUAACUAGAAUUAUUGUGAUUUUCUGCUAUAACUGGCAAAUAAGUCGCAAAUAAAACACCUAUAGGAAAACGUACGGUUUCACAAAUAAUAGUUUUUACCGUUGCCUCUAAUGUUAUUCGCAGAUGUAUAUCACUAAGAUGAUUAAUUAGUUACUCCGUUUUCCGCAGCCAAUAUAGCUAGGCUGUACGCAAUACGCUGAUGGACUUAAGGUCAUUAGGUAAGUAACGAUAAGGCUAGCGACAAGUGUAAUCUCUCCAAACCUCACGAGCUUCGCACAAUACCAUUCCGGACUGCCGAUGCGGCUGCUGAUGUAAAAGUCAAUCGUAACUUAUUUGAAAACGCUGAUGUAUCUGGAGCUGCCACAUCGAUGGUGCAUUUUCAUGUAAAUUCACCCAAGGCAGUAACUCAGCGAUAAUUAUAAAUGCUGGCUGAAAGCGCAGAAAACAUAAUAACUAUUGCACCAUUCCGAUCGGAGGACAUGGACUGUCUAUGGUGCAGUUAAUUUGAUCGGGUACUUUGAGCUUAGCGAACUGUGGUACAGCAUUGAAUUGAAUCACUCAACGAUAGAUAUAAAGCCGGCGGUUAAUUUUAAACCGUUAAUAGUUGUACCUAAUCAUAAGUUAUUCGUAUACAAAUUAUCAUAAAUAUCAAUCGUUAUGCAGAAAAGGAAUUGACGGGAAUAUUAUCGAUUUGAGUUGAAGUUACACCUUGCAUUUGUUUUCGUCAUAUUUUAAGCAAUUAAAAUGAAAAAUUCUAUAAAUAAGUGAGAAAAAUAAAGAAAAUAUAUUGUGUUAAAUUGCGUUUACUAUUUGAAACGUUGCAUAUUCUGAUUGUCGUGACAACAGCUUCAAUGACAACAUAUGUUAAAUUACGGCGAAUGAAGUGGACUGCUAUAUACUUGUAAACGUAUAGAUGAAAUCCGAGUUCAUAUAUCUAAUAAAUCCAAGCUUGAAAAGAUACCUACGUAAACUGUAUAGCCUUAGCGUUAAUACGGCCAGAAAAAUCCACAUUCGAAGUUCCACUACUAACUUCCUUAUGAUCACUCACGUUUCGUUUCUGCUCAUUCGUUUAACGCUUAGGUUAAAUGUCCAGCCUCACAGAUAAAUUUCACGAGUGAGUCAAACCGAUCACAUUAAUUUCUCAAAAAACAGUCCAUGUAUGCGUAGAUUUGUCAUGGCAAAACAGUAUGCAGCGCAGGGCAAAAGUUUCUGAGAAUUUGAGUCUUCAUUUUACAUCUGUGCAAUGUAUAACCAUAUAUGUAAGACAUUUGCCCUAACCUCUAUUCUAGAUAUCUAAGUAUACACGCAAAAUAUCGACCUAUUCUUACUCAGGCCCGUAGGGUUACCAUCAUCCUUUUUUUUGUCCACAAUCCGUUUUCACACAUUUUUCAUCGUUUCCAAUUGCCAGCCAAAUACAAUAUCAUAUUUGGCUCCUUGGCAAAAAGUGAAAAUAUCUUUCGUUUUUCCUAAAAGUCUAUUUUUGUGUUCUUUAUGUAGAGCUUAAAAGGGAAGUCAUUUUUA